UGGACCCAGGACACCCACCUGCCACUUAAUCUCCUGCCCCCAUCUGUUCUCCAAAGCAAGGCUAAGAUCCUUGUGCACAUUCGGAAGCCCAAAGACAUGGCUGUCUCCUAUUACCACUUCUACAACAACAUGCCAGUGCUGCCAUCCUUUGCCUCCUGGGAUGAGUACUUUUCAGCCUUCAUGAGUGGGAAAUUGGCCUGGGGAUCCUUCUUUGACCACUUAGUGGAAUGGAACAAAUACAUUGACCACGAGAGGAUCAUGAUUAUAAGCUACGAGGAACUCAAAGAGGACCAGGUACUGGGAAUGAAAAAGAUUGCUGCCUUCUUUGGAUUCUCUGUGGGUGAGGAAGAUUUUUCCAGAAUUGCCAAGAAGACCAGUUUCCGAGCUGUGAAAGACAAUUCCAAGGAAACACAUGGAAAGUUUGGAAAUAUCCUCUUCCGGAAAGGGGUUGUUGGGAACUGGAGAGACCUCUUCUCUAAAGCUCAGAAUGAAGAAAUGGACCAAAAAUUCAAAGGCUGCCUAGGAGGAACAAAGCUGGCAGCAAAGAUGAAAUAGGUGUACUGCAAGGCCUGA